GCGGCAGAGUGGCCAGUACGCUACAGUCAUAUGUGCACUUUCACUUUCCAAAAGUAAUUUGAAGUGGCCUUCCGUGCUGGCGGGAGAUCUAUUUUAUCUUCGAAAAUAACAAUAAAAACAUGUUGUAGGCCUACAGAUGAAAACGUUUUGAUUGCGUCCAUCGUCUAAACUGGAAUGUAGACUAUUUUCGUCUCGAAUGCUUUUGCGCGUCUAUCGUCUGAAUGAAUCUAUCCACCCUGGGCCUGUAUUGAAAUGUAAAUAGCCUACAAUCAUACUUUAAUUUCUGAAUCUAUAUGUGCAACCCAAUUUGAACCGGUUCGUUAAUUAUUAAACUGUUAAUAAUAUUCAGUCACAUGGUAAAUAUAUAGCUUUUUUUUUUUCAACAAAGAAAACUGAAUUGAAGAGGUAAACUGCAUUUGCGAUCGGCGCCAAUGGACCCGUUGGAUUUUUUGACAGAUAAGCAGUUACUGCAGUUUUUCCGCUGUAGUAGGACAGAAAUGUCGUGCAUGGAGCCAUCACACACCUUUCUUAACCAGCUCCGAGACCACCACUUCAUUCCAGAGAAAAUGUACAAGAAGCUGAUUCGGUGUAGGAGUAAGGAGGUGAGGGAGAAGGGUGUGUACCAGGUGUUGGACUGGGUGGAGGCAGAGAGGCCCGACAGCAUCAAGGUGUUCUGGAACUGUGUGUUCAGGGACCACCUCCUGCAGCAGUACCCCACGUUACGCCUGCUACGAAACCGCCUGCUGGACGGGUCGUUCACAUUUUAUGAGAAACUGCCAGAGAAGGUGGAGAAGGAAGAGGAGGAGGAUAAGAAGAAUAAGGGUUCAGUGGAAGGAGAAGAGGAAGACGAGGAGGAAAAGGAGACACGAAGGAAAAAGAGGAACCAGAAAAAGAGAAGUGAGAGUGCGGAGGAGCAGCCCAGCACGUCCACCCAGUCCAACCCCAGUCAGAAGAGGAAAGUUCAGAGGCCCAAAUACUCUUCUCCUUUCAGUAAGAAGGAGAAAGCUGACAUCUGGACCUGGCCCAUCUACAAGACCCAUCUCCCAGUCACCUGUGGGGACAAAGAAGGCACGCUCAACAGGGACAAGCUGGCCAAAGGGGAGAGGUGCAUUGUGGUCCAGGGUCGAUGGUUCAUCCCAAGUGGCUUUGAGGAGUUUGGGGGGAAGAAGAGCAGUAAGAACUGGAAGUACAGUAUCCGCUGUAGAAACACCACUCUGGGAAAACUGAUCCAGGAAGGUCAUUUAACUUCACCAAACUUUAAAAGAAGAAAGAGCGCACAGGCAAAGAAAGCACUGUUUCCCUCCAACCAAUCAACGGGCUCAAUCACAGAAUCUAAGGAGGAUGACGAUGAUGAGGAGGAAGAAGAAGCUGAGCAGGAAAAAGAGGAAGUCUUCAAAGUCACCUGUGGAGCCAUCAAUGGAAUGCUACAUAAGGAUCGGUUUGCAUCAGGGUCGUGUGGAAAGAGCAUCCGUACGGAGCUGUGCUGGAUGACCCCGGUGGAGUUUGUGACGGGGCGGUCAGCUCUGGAAGAUCCUUCCUGGAAGAAAGACAUCCAGUGGGACGGGAAACCACUCAACGUCCUCAUCGAGAGCAAGAUCUUGGUCAUCCACUCUCUCCUGUGUAAGUGCAAGCUGUGCAGCUCCACGGCCAAAGACAGGGAUGAUCAGGAUAACGAUGACGACUGCUUCAUCUGUAGAAGCCAGGGCAGCUUGAUAUGCUGUGAUAAGUGUCCUCGCUCCUUCCAUCAGAGAUGUCAUCUUCCUAAUGUGGAUGGCGCCAUGAUGGGGGAUGAUUGUCAAUGGAUGUGUACAUUCUGUGUACUGAGGGCCAGUCAGUCGUGCCACUACCCCAAACAAAUGACCUACCAGGAAGCCUUAACCUGCCGAAUCUCUGACCACCUACUGGAAUGCCAGUACCUCCUGCUGUGUCUAUACCAAGCGGACAAGGACCACAUCUUUGUGGCAGAUCCUUGCAUCCACGUGAGAAACUACACCAGUGUGAUAAAGACCCCUAUAUGGCUGGACAGGGUUGUGGAGAAGCUGCAGCAGAAUCUCUACCAAACAGUUCAACACUUUGUGUCUGAUGUGUGGCUUAUCUUCACCAACUGUGCCACAUUUAACAGGGAUAAUGCAGAGUUCCGUGGAAUGGGCGAAAGAUUGAAGGAUCUAUUUGAGAGAGAGUUCAAGAGUACAUUCAGCAUCCAACUUCAGCAUCCAACUGCAUCCAACAGCCAGUAGAGCCUUCAUCAAGUCUGUACUGUUAUCUCACUAUGAGACAACAGGGAAUAUUCACCAUGCCCUGGUCUUUCUAUACAGCCUUCAUACAGACUUGCAUGUACAUUAUUAUCCAUCUAGUCCUUUCAUUAAUUUCUUUCAUUCGUUCUAGCAAUCAAAAUGGGUGUGUGAUAAUAAUUUAAAUAGAAUGGUGGUGAUAACAUUGCAUUUCACAUAGUAAAUGUUGCUUUGCUAACUUCUCAUGCAAGAGCCUUAGAAUUCCUCACCUUCCAGGUUCUUACUUCUGGUUAGGCCUCACUAGAUUCAUGUCCAGGGAUUCUGUCGAAAAUAAACUCAUGAAUUCCGAAAAUAUUGUACAACAUAGUUGUUUGACUGUGUAGCCUACCAGAAUGUGGUUCUGUUGAGGAGAAUAUCACCAGACAGAGCAGCAGCGCCCUCUUCAGGGCAGUUAGGUCAGCAUCUGCUUUGGGUCUCUGCCCUCAUGCAGGACCUGCGCACGCUGCUAAUGUCACCACAAUUGCCAGCAUCGAAUCCCUGCCCAGGAGCGUUGCGCAUACAUGCUUGGUAAAGAAUGCUGCCAUUUCUUUUCAGAUUGUUGUAAAGUCACAGAUCCGAGAAUGCAAAUACUGCAAUAGUGGCUUAUUUUGGGCUGUAGACACAUUUGUUUAUAUCUAAUUGAAAGACGAAAACUUUUUAAUGAUAGAGAGAAUUUAGACGGGGUCGAGCGAUUCCAUAACCAAGACAGUGCGCUUAGUAGACGCGGUAAUGUCGUUGAAUAUCACUGUGAAAAGUGAAGACUCCGGGUCCUUUGACGAAGAAGACGAAUCAUCUUCGCUGCUUUCAGGUAAAAGAGCCUCGGAGUCUGCAGCUCGUGUAAUAAAUACCAUUUUAAAUAACACAAGCAUAUUGCUAUUACAUUGUUAUAACUAACUUCUUUCUAAAAAACAAGGUUCUCACAUACUCAUAAACAGAAACUGAAGACCCACACACACCCAGAGACAGAUGGCUGACACAGAACAUUCAUAAACACUGAUAAGGCAGGAAAGGCCUUGAGCAAGAGUGCUUGGGUCUGCAUUUCACGAUAUAAUGAGACACACACAUAACCAAGGACAAAGGGCUGACGUAAACCUUUCAUAAACACCGAUUAGAUAGGAACAUCUGCGCACACACCUAAAUCUCCUGUUUUAGCUGAACAUUUGGUAACAAAGAACUUUUGAUACAAGACUCAGAAGGAUGACGCACAGCUCAUCCGGACCAAUCUGAGAAGACAACAACCUGAUCAGGACCAACCAGAAAACCAGAUCUACCAGACUCUACCUACUUUCUGUGCUGUAUAAAAUGACUAUGUAUUUCUGUUAUCUGGGCUCUGUCUGCAGGUUCCUUACGAGCUGAAUGAACGAGUCCAAGCAUGCUUGUAUCAGAUAUCUUUACCUCUGAAUAAAACUGCUUUUUAUUAUACGAAUAUC